AUGGCCACUUCAUCCUCCGCUUUUCAUUCUGCGCCCGACGGCGCCAACGACGAUGAUGCGCUCCCGACGGACUCGGCGUUCUAUCACGAUGACGCCGACCCCUCCGUCCACCCCUCAAAGGACGAUGACUCCAAACCCGCCAAAGAACCUCUUCCCAUGCAAAAACGGCGUCGCGUCACUCGCGCCUGUGAUGAGUGUCGCCGGAAAAAAAUUAAGUGCGACGGGAAGCAACCCUGCACGCAUUGCACCGUCUACAGCUAUGAUUGUACCUACGACCAGCCUUCGAAUCGUCGUCGUAACCCUGCGCCUCAGUAUGUCGAAGCGCUCGAAACCCGCCUCCACAAAGCCGAAGCCCUCCUGCGGGUCGUCCUCCCCGAUCUUAACCUCGAUGAUCCGCGCUUUGACGAGCACGCGACCGAGCAGAUGCUUGCGGCCGUGAAACGAGAACGACAGCAUCAACAACAAGCACCACCACAGCCCGCGACCACCGAAAAUGAACCCCAGCCAGGCCCCGCACCCCCCGCCGAUACAGCCGCCGACAACAGCGGCGGCGAUGAGUCGCUACUCGAGACGAUGGUCGAUAAUUCCGGCUUCCUCGACUUGGAUGACCAGGGUCAUUGGGAUUACCACGGCCACACCUCGGGCAUUAUCUUCAUCCGGCGUCUGCGCAAACAGCUCGGCGCGUCGGACGUUUCUGGGCCGACCAUGCGGUCGCGGCCGCAAUUGCUGGAAAGCCCCAAGUCGACGUCAGAGUCGCCGCAAGAGGGACAGCUUGUUCCUACCCACGAUCUGCCGGCACGCGAUGUCGCACGGCGUCUGUGUCACAACUGCCUGGAAGACGGGUGCUCUCUGAUGCGAUUCGUGCACGAGCCCUCGUUUUGGGCCAUGUUUGAUCGCAUCUACGACGUCCCCCCAGAGCAGUAUACCAAUGAAGAGCAUUCUUUCUUGCCGCUACUCUAUAUCGUCAUGGCGGUCGGUUGUCUGUUCUCGGAUGACGGCGCUGGCACUCUUGAUGUGUCCGGAUAUGAAGGCGCUAUCGGUCAAGGUUUCCAAUUCUUCAAAGCAGGUCGCCAGCUCUUGGAGAUUACCGACUGCCGCGACUUGACCUCCCUCCAGGCCAUCUGUUUCAUGGUCCUCUUCCUUCAGUCGUCCGCCAAACUGAGCACAUGUUAUUCCUAUGUCGGCAUUGCCCUUCGCUCGGCCCUGCGACUUGGGCUGCACCGUUCGGCCGUGACCGCGAAUUUCAACCCGCUUGAGCGAGAACUCCGUAAGCGUGUCUUUUGGGUCGUCCGGAAGAUGGACACCUACGUGAGCACCCUCCUCGGUCUGCCACAGAUGCUGAGCGACGACGACAUCGACCAGGAAUACCCGCUACCUGUCGACGGCGAGUACAUCACCCCCGAAGGAAUCCUUCCCACACCAGAAGACUACACGGCCCUGAUGGCCGGAGCCAACGCACAUACGCGAUUGUCGGGUAUUAUCCUAAAAGUGGUGAAGUACAUCUAUCCUGUGAAGAACGCCCAGCAUCGGUCCAAGUCGGACCAGCGCUAUGUGGUGAGCCACUCGAAGAUCCGCGAGAUUGAACGCGAUCUCCAGGCCUGGAUGGAGGAGCUGCCUGCGGCUCUCCGGCCGGGCACCGAGGUAUCGCCCCAGCUGGAGCGGGUGCGACAAUUGCUGCGAAUUAGCUACGCGCAUGUGCAGGUCGUGAUGUAUCGGCCCUUCAUGCACUACGUCUCCAGCGGAUCCCAGGCGAAAGGCGUGGACCGGCGUUCGUACGCUUGCGCUGCUGCCUGUAUCAGUGUCUCGCGCAACAUCGUUCACAUUACCACCGGGAUGCACAAGCGGGGCCUCCUCAACGGGGCGUACUGGUUCACGAUGUACACAACGUAUUUCGCGAUCUUGUCCCUGCUCUUUUUCGUGCUCGAGAAUCCCGAUUCCCCGACAGCCAAGGAUGGCGUGCUCAAGGACGCCAUGGAAGGCAAAAACACGCUGGCGGGCCUGGCCAAGAAAAGUAUGGCGGCCGACCGGUGUUCGCAGAGCCUCAACUGUCUCUUCAAGAACCUCCCGGAAAUGCUGAAGAACCGGCAGUCCGUCGCGAACCCGGUCAACCUGAAGCGCCCCGCUCCCAGCACCAGCAAUAAUGGAAUGGACAAUGCGCCCAGCGCGCCGGCCCCCGAGAUGGCACCACCGCAGCGAGCCAGCACUUUCCCUACCCACAUGUUAACCAAAACAUCCCGAGAGGCGAGCGUCAAAGCCAAGAGUAUAGACGACACCUACGCCAAUCGCACGCCCAACCCUCGUCCUCUCAGCAACCCGACCUGGUUCUCAUCCACCCCAGAGACCCCCACUGAUCACCCGUCCGCGCGGUCUGAUCCCAUUUCUGCCGGGCACGUGGACACGACGCCGCCGGCAUCGCAGAUGCCCAUGACGCUGCCCAACGACUCUGCGGUGUAUACCUCGCAGUCCUUCACCAAUCCCUCGAACCUCCCCGAUCUCAUGCCGAUUAUGUUCCCGUCCGACGACCCCUUUGCGUACCCCACGCAGCCCAUGUCCACGCUAGAGGAUGACCAUUUCCGGCAAGACGGCAGCAUACGGCCAUUUGGGCUGGACCAGCGCUCGGCGAUGGCGUCCGUCUCGCCGACAGACCCCAACACGACGAUAGGCAUGCACACGCCGAAUCUCGACAGCUUUGCCAACUUCCCGCUGUUCUCAAACGGCACGCCGACAAGCACGCCGUCUGGCCUGCACGCCACGCUGCCGACGCGACUGGCCAACUCUCAGCACCUGAAGCAGGCGCGGCUGCAGUCGCCCGUGUCUCACGGGUCGGCGACGCCGACAGAGGCCGUCAACAGUCCCGACCUCGUGUCGCUUCCGAAUCAGAAUUACAUGUGGCAGGGGUACAACUUCCAGCCUCAGUCGUUCGCACCGGAGCCCUCGACGCAGUCCAUCGCGCCGGGUAAUCCGCCGAAUUUCAGCAUGGGCGUGGACGACGGCAGUUCGGUGGGGAUGGGACUGGAUCUGGGGAUUCCGCUGGACGACAUCUUUGGCAAUGGCGAGGCGUGCCGACCGAACGGGCUGCCGAAUGACGACUGGAUUCAAUGGAUGAACGUGGGGGGUUAG